UCUGCCAGAGACCCGCGAUCGCUGGUUGCUCGAAAAUUAAGCACGUAUAAAUCCGAAUUCGCGAUCGACGGUCGAGAAGCGACCCAUUUUACAAAGAUAAGGCGCCUCCUUGCGUUCUCCAUAUUCUGCCGUUUCUCGCGAUCGGUACACUCUCGCUUCUUUCCGCUUUUCGUUCCACCGCCGGACACCGGCGGGAAUAAAUAUGAUUCGCGGACACGCGAGUCGUCAGAGUCACGCGAGAGUCACCGGUCAACAGGAUACUCGGCGGCCGAUAACGAGCUGUUACAUAAAUCGCGCUCAUCGGCGAGGACGAGAGAAGAAUCGUAUCAGUGGUGGGAACACGUCUACUGUCCUCCAUGACUCAAGCUCUGCAGACUCACGGAGUUAUUCCGGACGUGGUGGACAAGGUGCCCGCUGACGUUCUGAACGUCACUUAUCCCAAUAAUCUUGCUGUUGAGAUCGGCAAGGUGCUCACUCCGACUCAGGUCAAGGAUCAGCCCACUGUUCAGUGGGACGGAGAAGCAAAUGCCUUUUACACACUGUGCAUGACUGAUCCCGACGUUCCAAGCAGGCAGGAACCUAAAUUGCGCGAAGGGCAUCACUGGUUGGUAGGCAAUAUUCCCGGAUCGGAUGUGAGUAAGGGAGACACCCUGUCUGCGUACAUCGGUUCCGGACCUGCCAAGGGUACAGGUCUUCACCGUUAUGUCUUCCUGUUGUACAAACAACCUGGCCAGCUCACUUUCGACGAGAAGCGCUUGACCAAUCGAAGCAGUAAAAACCGCGGCAAGUUCUCCAUCAGGAACUUUGCCGCUAAGUAUAAUCUCGGCGAUCCGAUUGCCGGCAAUAUGUACCAGGCGGAAUUUGACGAUUACGUGCCGAUUCUGUAUAAGCAGUUCGAGGGUUAAUUUUUUACAAUGCAUACGAUAUAAUAUUUGCGAUGGUACACAUAUUUAUACGUAAAGAUGUAUAUCCAACUGUUUGUUGAAUAAAUGCACACGCACUUUACAAUGUA